GGAUGCACAAGCGAGGCUGCAGCGGGAGGCACUCUUCAGCACUAUGGAACAAUGCGACGAAGCUGCGAGAGGAGACAUUUACCAAGUUGGAGCGAGGCCAUGAAAUAUUAGAGAGGAACACAACGAGGACCUCGAGAAGAAACUUCUGUCUUCGAAUGAAUCGCUCAGCAGGGACACUAAGGAGAGGGACACUUUUUUUUUUACCAUCAGAGAAAAUGUGUGAUGAGAAGACGCUGUCGUUGACAAAUGCGAGGCAGACCUGAGCUCACAUUGCAUCCUCGUCCAGCAACAGUACUUUCAUGGUUGGCACCGCCCGUCCCAGCCUACAUUUCUGCACCUCCAGACAAAGACUGAUGAUCACCAUUGCCAUGGGGGCGGUGCGAGUCAACAGAUACAGCAUUGUUUCCACAGACGAGGAUGCCCUGAAGAUCUCAGCCCUGGGCCUCCAUAAUGGCCAUAGUCCUCUGACUCAGCAGACCCUGACGGGAUCCUGCAUGCACGCUGAGGAUGAAAGAGCGGUAAAAUACCCUGGGGAACAAGAAAGACGGGGGGCUUUGUCUCUGAGACCGACGGACGACUCCAUGGUCCCCAACAGCAGCUGCGCUUCGCCGUCCUGUCGACACGUCGGCUUCGACUUGGGCACGGGUCGCCUCCGCAGUCGGUUUGUGAAGAAGAACGGCCAGUGCAACGUGGUCUUUGACAACAUGGAGGAUAAACAACGCAGAUACCUGGCUGACAUUUUCACCACCUGUGUGGACAUACGCUGGCGCUACCUGCUGCUCAUCUUUACCACCACUUUCCUUUUGUCCUGGUUGUUUUUCGGCGUUGUCUUCUGGGGAGUGGCGUUAGUUCAUGGAGACUUCGACCUCCACGUCGCCGUAAAAGAAGGCGACACUCCAAGCAAGGCGGAAGACGGCCAGGACAAAUGGCGACCAUGUAUUCUGCACAUUCAGGGCUUUAUCGGAGCGUUCCUCUUCUCUAUCGAGACCCAAACUACCAUUGGAUACGGUUUUCGGUGUGUCACGGAAGAGUGCCCAGUGGCUGUGGUGACCGUGGUGGUGCAGUCCAUCGUGGGCUGCAUUAUUGACUCUUUUAUGAUAGGUACCAUCAUGGCCAAGAUGGUGCGGCCCAAGAAGCGGGCUCAGACCUUGCUCUUCUCGCAUCAUGCCGUCAUCGCGUUACGAGACGGGAAGCUGUGCCUGAUGUGGCGCCUGGGGAACAUGCGCAAGAGCCACAUCGUCGAGGCGCAUGUCCGUGCCCAGCUUAUUAAGCCCAAAGUGACUGCUGAGGGCGAGUACCUCCCUUUGGAGCAAACAGACAUAGACGUUGGUUAUGACGACGGUCUGGACCGACUGUUUCUCGUGUCACCACUUGUGGUGGUUCACGAGAUCAACAAGAGCAGUCCUCUGUACGAUCUGAGUAGCACAGACCUACAGAAGGAAGACUUUGAGAUUGUGGUCAUCCUCGAGGGAAUGGUGGAGGCCACGGCAAUGACCACUCAGGCUCGUAGCUCCUACUUAGCAAAGGAGAUCUUGUGGGGUCAACGAUUUGAGCCGGUGGUCUUUGAGAAGGGGAACCGCUACCAUGUGGACUACUCCCGCUUCCACAAGACGUACGAAGUGCCAUCCACGCCUCACUGCAGUGCCAGGGAGCUCAGCCAGAAGGUAGGUAGCGGCGGUCCGCCCUCAUCUUCAGCAUCGAGUUUAUCCAGGUCGCCCUCACCGUUUGCUCCCAGGGCGGCCCGCCAACUCCUGGGCCUCCACUCCCCGAGCGCCUUCUGCUACGAAAACGAGGUAGCACUUUGCUGUGGGGAUGAUGACGAGGAGGAGGAGGAGGAGAACAGGGAGUCGGGAAGCCUAGAAGAGGCAAAGUUGCGAGGGGAAUUUCACCUGGGCCUCAAGGAGACAUUUGUAAAGGAGCAGAUGGUUGAGAUGCUCUGCAUGCUGGACACCGACAAUCAGAUCAGUCUCGACAAACUGCAACCCGGUCUACCUUUAUACAUCAGUCGAGAGUCUGGAGUCUGAAGCCAGUCACCAGUCAAGACCUCCUUUUUGUUUCCUCUCAAUAUCCGAGUCCUUUGAACUCAUCUGGAACAAAAGGCUUUCUCUCAAACUCAUGUCUUGGCUUCAGCCAAAAAAACUGUGCUGGUUUGAGGUAUUGUACAUUCUCUUUCUAGGUAACGACGACUACGGAUUUAUCUCCAGUGACAAGAACUAUAACUGCACCAUCUCUGAGGAAACCAAACUUGCACUUUGUAAAUAUAGUGUGCUUUCAUUGCAGGUACAGUGGUACCUCAACUGGAGAGGGUUCUGAGAUAAGAGCUAACUAUAACGCGUUAAAGGGGACCUAUUGUGCAAAAGCAACUUUUCUUAACGAUUGGUAUUGGUUUUGUGUAUUUGGGAUCUGCAUAAGUCCCGAAAAGGUGACAUACACCAUGGCGGAGAUGUUUAUAAAACAAUCUUGCCCUCCUUCAUACUUCCUCCCAACGUACUGUAUGGAAUUUGCAUACCUUCUUCCCGAGUGUGAUAUACCCAUAUAUGGUAUGUAUGGUACCGGGUGAUAUAUACCCAUAUAUGGUAUAUAUGAUACGGGUGUGAUAUACCCAUGUAUGGUAUAUAUGGUAACGGGUGUGACAUACCCAUGUAUGGCAUAUAUAGUACCGGAUGUGAUAUACCCAUAUAUGGUGUAUAUGGUACUGGGUGUGAUAUACCCAUAUAUUGUAUAUAUGGUACCGGGUGUUAUAUACCCAUAUAUGGUGUAUAUGGUACCGGGUGUUAUAUAUGGUAGAGAUCUACCCGAAGAUCUUUGCGCGAGUCUGCCAUAAUAGUCUGACGUUACAGUCAAUAGUUCCUUUCUUAUUUGCGACCCUCUUGUUGUGGGGCAGACUGGCUCGUACAUGCACGUGCAUCCUCCCCGGUUGCCAUCUCUGAUGCACAGUAGCGAAUAGUUGUAACUCAGGCUGCAGGAUGGAAUUGUUUUUAAAAAUAAUUUAUUCAUUAGUGAUGGUUAGGGAGUUUCCAAUUUUUUAUUUUUAAAAUGCCAUCCAUCCAUUUUCUACUGCUUGUCCCGUUCGGGGUCGCUGGAGCCUAUCUCAGCUGCAUUCGGGCAGAAGGCGGGGUACACCCUGGACAAGUUGCCACCUCAUCGCAGACAUUUUGAAAUGACUAUAACUAUAUUCUAAGGGAAUAUUUAUUAGGGCCAUACAUAAAAAAUAACUAAAUAGAUUAUUUUUAUUAAAUGAAUUUUUUUUAGCACAAAAGUCACAGAGAAUAAAAUGUUGAUUUUGUUUGAGGAUAGGAUUCCAAAAUAAUUAUAUACAAAAAAGUAAUCUGACUAGAACAAAGUCAUAUUUUCCGAGGAAAAGGUCAAACCAUGACAAAGUGGUAUUUUUAAAAAACUUCUUCUUUUUUUAAAAAGAGAUUUGCAAAAAUAUGUCUUUUUUUAAGCCUACCUAUGUUUUUCUGGAUAAAUAAAUGUCCGUCUCCCAUUUUUUGCCACUCCUAAAUUAAAAUUGAUUCUGCAAUUUAUGACCUUAUUAAAGAAAAAAAUGUUAUUAUUAAAAAUUAUGUUAAAAUUAAAUUGUUAUUUAUUUGUUUUACUACAUGACAUUUUUUUUUUUUUUACAGAAAUAAUUUAAUUUCCUUGCAAAUUUGCCCUUUUCUUGGUAAAACUUGAUUUUGGUCAAAUUUGGGUCAAAUUCUAAAAAAAAAAAAAAAAAAAAGUACUCAAACUAAAGUUCUAUGUAAUAAAGAAACAUUUUUACCAUCAAUUCUUUUUGCAUCCUAUCAAUGUUUUUCUCGAUAAAUAAAUGCCUGUCUCACAUUUUUUUCGUUUCUAAAUUUUAAUCUACCGGUAUUUUGCGAUUUAUGACCUUUUUAAAGAAAAAAUGUUACUUGGGGGUUACAUUUUAUUUUCGUGCGAUUAGAACUACUUAAGAAAAAAAUGUCUUCAAAAGACGACAAUUAUCCAAAAAUAUCCCCUUUUGAUGCACCCUUUUAAGACUAUGGUCCUUUUUGAAAAAUGAGGACGUUAUUAUGGUGAAAUUGAGUUUUUUAAGGGGGAAAAAUGCAACAGUAUUCUUGUAGGAUUAUGACUAUAUCAAAAAAUUAUGUUAAAAUUAAAUUAUUUAUUUGUAUAACUUCAUGACUCUUUUAAAAACAGAAAUAACUUAAUUUCCUUGCAAAUUUGCGUUUUUCUUGAUAAAACUAGGUUUUGGUCAAAUUUGGGUCAAAUUCUAAAAAAACAAAAAAAAAAACCUCUAAUUAAAGUUCUAUGUAAUGAAAAAAAACUUUUACCAUCACUUCUUUUUGCAUCCUGUUGAUGUUUUUCUCGAUAAAUAAAUGCCUGUCUCACAUUUUUUUGGUUUAUAAAUUUUAAUCUACCGGUAUUUUGCGAUUUAUGACCUUUUUAAAGAAAAAAUGUUACUCGGCGGUUACAUUUUAUUUUCGUACAGUUAGAACUACUUAAGAAAAAAUGUCUUUGAAAAAGACGACAAUUAUCGAAAAAUAUCCCCUUUCGAUGCACCCUUUUAAGACUACGAUCCUUUUUGAAAAAUGAGGACGUUAUUAUCGUGAAUUUGAGUUUUUUAAGGAAAAAAAUGCAACAGCAUUCUUGUAGGAUUAUGACUAUAUCAAAAAAGUAUAUUAAAAUUUUAUCGUUAUUUAAUUGUUUUACUUUAUGGCGUUUUUUUUUUAACAGAAAUAACUUAAUUUACUUGCAAAUUCGCCUUUUUCUUGAUAAAAUACAACUUGAAUUUUGUCAAAAUCUAAAAACUAAAGAAAAAAACUAAAAUGAAAGUACUAUGUUGUAUAGAAAAAUGUUUACCAUUAUUUCUUUUUAAAAAAGCAACAUUAAAAAAAUAAAUAAAUCUGACUUUAUUCCAGGGUGUACCCCGCCUUCCGCCCGAUUGUAGCUGAGAUAGGCGCCAGCGUCCCCCGCGACCCCAAAAGGGAAUAA